AAAGCACUGCUCCAUGCAAACUGUGUAUUCACUCAUCUUAUUUCAUCGGUUCAGCAGAUACCGGUACUGGUGUCUUAUCACAGCAUUGCCACUGCUACAGCAGCUAGCUUGCACUUUUUUGUGGUCACAAUUCCAGCAACAACCAAAACACAAACGCACCAAACAAUAGUACAGAAGCCAACCUCAACGAUGAAGGCACCCAAAAUUGUACGAAAGCUCUCUCCUAGGCGUAUCUUUGGAACCAAAUCCAAGCAGCAAAAGGACACAACCCCGCAAAAGGCAGAAGAAGCUCCUGUUGUUAUCAAACCAGACACUCCUAUCGUCAUCAAGCCCAACCUUGCUGAACGAUCCUGGCGUGGUUUUCUUCAACCACUUGAAAAUGUCGCUUGCUCAAGAACAGUGGGAGACAGCGGCAGUCUGGCCUCCAUCGACGAGUCAAUGGAAGAGCAAACAUCUUCUGAACGAAAACGGUUUCUAGCCGCCAACAAUGGCAAUGAGAGCAAAGCCAUGGAGCAAUUGCAAGGAUACUUGCAAGCCAGAAAUGAACACCAAGGCACUCAAUGUCAACUUGAACGCCUCUAUGAAAACCUUAUUACUGAACAUGGACAGGACUACUAUGAUUGGAUGGUAGCCUCUGAGGCUGCCAAGCAAGCACACAAUGUUGCUCAGGAUACACCAUUGCCACGUAUUGUCCGUGUCCACACCAUGGACAAUGGUAAAGAAGCUUGUGACCUUGACGGUCAUCGAGUCCUCCACUUUCUCCCAGCACAACUGGACAAAAGCAUCUGCAGCCUCAAGACAUACACAUUGGCCAUCUUCCUUUACCUGGAUCGAAAGCUUGGCCGUGACUCCGAGGAGCAAGUCACCAUCCUCAUGGAUCUCCGAGCUGGAGCUGGCUGGGCCAACCCCAAGGUCUUCAACAUUAUGCCAUUCAUUGAAGACACAUGUCAACUGAUGCUCAGCAAGUUCCCAGAACGCAUGCACAGAGCCAUCAUUUAUCCCCUCCCCUAUGCAUUGACCUGUGUGCUUCGAGGCAUUGUUCGCAAUGUCUUGGAUACCACAACUUCCAAGAAGCUUGCAAUCCUCUCCGGAGCUGCAUGGGUUGAUUCCCCUUUGCCCAAGCAACAACUCCUCAAGUAUGUGGAUGAAACAGUAGCAACCAUCUGCGAGGAUGCUCGCCUGAACGAUUUCAAGAACUAACUGUAUACAUAUAUCAUUCCGCGACCCACUCAGAGCCUCCAAUAUAUAUGUCCCGUGAACCAGUAAACGUCCAACAGACCUCCAAUAGACAGUAAUAGAAUAGACACAAUUUUGCAUAAUAAGGAACUAAUGAUUGACCGGUUCGUUCA